AAGAACAUGAACAACAAUUAUCGAUGAAAUUCGAUAAUGAAAUAGUCAGUUUUCAUGAUCAACUUCUUGGUCAAAUACUGAAGUUAGAAAAAGAUAAUUAUAUGUUAUUAGAUAUUUUUGAUCAAAUUGAACAAUGGAAAAAAACAACAAUAAAUAAAAUAGAAAAAGCAGCAGAAAAAGCUCAAUAUCAACUUAUCGAAUUAAUUGAUAAACAAAGAAUCAAUGUAGUAAAACAACUUGAACCGAUUACAAAAGAAAUCCUUUGUCGUCGAGAAGAAGAAAAUUUUCUUGAAAAUGAUAUUGAUCGACUUCGAAAAAAAAUUGAUGAAAUACAACAAAUACUUCAACCAUUUAUUCAAAAAGAUACAAAUAAAAGUAUCAUUGUUGAUAGUGAUCAAAUUGAUUGGGAUCGACUCAUCUACAUUCGAACAGAACAACUACACUCACCAGUUCUAUCCAAUGCAAAUCUGAAUCAAAAUACAAAAUGGAUACAGAAUGGUAUCACUGUCGCUGGAUUAAAUGGACGCGGUACUGGAAUGCAUCAACUUUGCAAUCCAUGGGGUUCAUAUGUUGAUGAUGAUCAAACUGUCUACAUUGCUGACUGUUCUAAUCAUCGGAUUGUCGAAUGGAAGCGUGGAGUAGCAAUUGGUCGAGUUGUAGCAGGUGGAAAUGGAGCAGGAAACCGUCCUGAUCAGUUGAACUGUCCAACAGAUGUGAUUAUUGAUAAAGAACAAGAUACUCUUAUCAUUUGUGAUUAUGAAAAUAAAAGAGUUGUUCGAUGGCCUCGUCAAAAUGGUAAAAGUGGAGAAACGAUCAUCUCAAAUGUUGGAUGUUGGGGAUUGACAAUGGACGAUGAUAGGUUUCUCUAUAUUGUUGAUCAUGAUAGACAUGAAGUUAGACAAUAUCGAAUGGAAAAACGUCAAGAAUCAGUCGUUGCAGGUGGAAAGGGACCAGGAAAUCGUCUCAAUCAGUUAUAUCAACCUACAUACGUAUUUGUCGAUCGCGAUCAUUCAGUUUACGUAUCAGAUUCAAACAAUAAUCGUGUGAUGAAGUGGAUGAAAGGUGCGAAGCAAGGUAUUAUUGUAGCUGGUGGUCAAAUUCAAGGAAAUAGCCUUACACAAUUAUCAAAUCCUUUUGGAAUUGCCGUGGAUCUCUUAGGUACUGUCUAUGUGGCUGACAAUGGAAAUAAUCGAAUAAUGCGAUGGAUUCAAGGAGCCAUACUGGGAAGUGUCAUCGCUGGUGGAAACGAUCAAGGAAAUCAAUCGAAUCAACUCUGUCACCCCACCGGUUUGUCAUUUGAUCGAGAGGGAAAUCUUUACGGGAGUGAUGAAGGCAAUGAUCGAAUACAAAAGUUUAACAUUGAUCGAAAUUGA